GAAGGGAGCAUAUGCUCAAGACUCUUCUUUCCAAAAUAGGCUAAUUCCGAGUAACCUGUGUGCACAUCUGAAAGCCUUGGAAGGAAUUUGGCAGGAUGAAGCCUGUCAUUGUGGUGCAUGGUGGAGCUGGACGGAUCUUUAAAGAACGAGAAGAGGGAAGUCGUGCUGGUGUUGUCAGAGCUGCACUGCAAGGUUAUGGUAUCCUGAAACAGGGAGGCAGUGCCUUAGAUGCAGUUGAGGAGGCAGUACGAUCAAUGGAAGAUGACCCUCAUUUUAACGCAGGUUGUGGAUCUGUUCUAAAUGAAAAAGGUGAAGUAGAAAUGGAUGCCAUUAUCAUGGAUGGAAAAAAUUUAGACUCUGGAGCAGUAUCCGCAGUUAAAUGUAUAGCAAACCCAAUAAAACUUGCUCGACUUGUCAUGGAAAAGACGAAGCACAUGCUGCUGACUGACCAUGGUGCACACCUGUUUGCUCAGGCCAUGGGUAUUCCUGAGACUCCAGGGGAGAAACUCAUAACCAAGAGAUCCCAGGAGAGAUGGAGGAAGAAUCUUGAGCCAGAUUCCAACCCUGAAGAGUUUCAGAAGUAGGGUUUUUGUUAAAUACUUUUUCUUUUUAAAUUCAGGCAAUUUAUUUUGUGCUAUCAGUUCA